CUACAAUAUUCGGAAGAAUUGUAUCUUCUAUGCCAAGACUCUAACCCGUUUCUCAACUGCAAACUUCCUCACGAUGUCGACAUUACUUGUAUCUUUCUCCAACUUGCUUUUGUCUGAUUUCAUCAUCAGAUGGAUCUGUCUGAUUCUCAUAUUUAAUUCCCAUUCGUGUUUUUUCGGAUUGCGAGAAUCCUACGUUAUUUCUUCACUUUUCAUGAUCCCGAGGACAUCUUAGACCCCAAAUGUUCUUCGUCGAUGUUCUUUGGAAACUGGUUCCUCUAUACUUGUUCGGAUCAGAAACAAAGUCUCUCUCAGCAACAGAGUCCAUUUUGCAGAUAGUUCCUGAGGCAAUGGCUGCUACUUCAUCUAACGUCCUUUGCAAUGCUAGCGAGUCAGAUCUUUGUCGUGAUGAUUCCGCUGCAUUUCUACUUAAAUUUGUAGCCAUUGCUUCGAUUCUCUUAGCUGGAGCUGCUGGUGUAACUAUACCACUCAUUGGCAGGAACCGUCGUUUCCUUCAAACUGAUGGUAAUCUCUUUGUGACUGCUAAAGCUUUUGCAGCUGGUGUGAUUCUCGCCACGGGUUUUGUUCAUAUGUUGGCGGGUGGCACGGAAGCUUUGAAGAACCCGUGCUUACCGGAUUUCCCUUGGUCUAAGUUUCCUUUCCCGGGAUUCUUUGCGAUGAUUGCUGCUUUGAUCACUCUGUUUGUGGAUUUCAUGGGGACUCAGUACUAUGAACGGAAGCAAGAGAGGGAAGCUAGUGAGUCUGUUGAACCGUUUGGCCGUGAACAAUCACCGGGUAUUGUUGUUCCCAUGAUUGGAGAAGGAACGAAUGAUGGGAAAGUGUUUGGUGAAGAAGACAGUGGUGGGAUUCACAUUGUUGGCAUUCAUGCUCAUGCUGCUCAUCAUAGACAUAGUCAUCCUCCUGGUCAUGAUUCAUGUGAAGGACACAGUAAAAUCGACAUUGGUCAUGCUCAUGCUCAUGGGCACGGGCAUGGACACGGACAUGGACACGUACACGGGGGUUUGGAUGCUGUUAAUGGAGCUAGGCAUAUCGUUGUUUCUCAGGUACAAAGCUCUGUUCUUUUUUUUUCUGAUUCUUUCAGAGUUGCAAAUACUAUUUGGGUUUCUUCAAAAAAGCUCCAAAAUUUGUGCUAAUACUGUUAGGUUCUGGAGCUUGGAAUUGUGUCACAUUCCAUAAUCAUCGGUCUAUCCCUUGGAGUAUCUCAGUCUCCUUGCACAAUCCGGCCUCUAAUCGCAGCACUAUCCUUCCAUCAAUUCUUUGAAGGAUUUGCGCUCGGUGGAUGCAUCUCCCAAGCGCAAUUCAGGAACAAAUCAGCGACCAUAAUGGCUUGUUUUUUCGCCCUCACAACCCCGAUAGGGAUCGGGAUUGGAACCGCAGUGGCGUCGUCUUUCAAUUCUCACAGUGUCGGAGCAUUGGUCACUGAAGGUAUCUUGGACUCGCUCUCAGCCGGAAUUCUUGUGUACAUGGCUUUAGUGGAUCUCAUAGCUGCUGAUUUCUUGAGUACAAAAAUGAGGUGUAACUUUAGGCUUCAAAUUGUAUCUUAUGUAAUGUUGUUCCUAGGAGCUGGACUCAUGUCUUCUCUUGCCAUUUGGGCUUAAUUAGAGUAUAAGAUUCCAUAGUUUCUUCUAUAGCUACAAAUAACAUGUAUAGUUCUUUCUAGAGAAUUUAUCAAUCUAAGAUUUCACAAUUGCUCGCAAAUCGGAUUUUUC